CUUCAGUCUUUUAUGCCACAGAUAAGAAUCGCAAAUCGCAUCAGGGCCAUGAUUUGACUUACUUAACCCGAGGCACGAUUAAAAGCCAAACGACAGCCCGCAAGGCGCAUUGUAAAUCAAACUUUAUGGCCCGGGACAAAUAUUAUAUUUCGCAUAAUUCCAUCGAUGAAUAUAUGUCACGGAGCCACCCAGAAGAGCGGGGGGUGUGGCGAAACAGUUUUAAAUAAUUCAAAGCCGCAGCCGAACAGCCUCCAGAUGCCCAGGGGCAUCAGAGUACUCACGGCAAUGGAAGUGGAGUAUCCUGUGGAUACAUGUGUACGGGAUGGCAUUGGAUAAUAGUGUCUUGCAGUCAAAGUGCGUGUAUGCAAGGAAUUAUCAAGUGUUGUCAACACAGCACUCACACACAUACACACGCACACACACGACGACAUCGGUCCUUUAAAGGACCUCCGGCCAUGGAGAGCUUAUGUAAAGUGAAAGUGUGCGCGGGCGUGUCAUAAGUGUGGAAUAGACCCACAGCCACCCAUAACCACCCAUAACCAAACCAAGUUCACUCCACCAAUCCUCCGGCCAUCCAGCCAAACACUCUUGUUUGUGCGAUUGUCUGUGCGACAAUAAACGAACUUACACAUGCGAGAAAUGCGUCGGGCAAAGAAAACGACCGGAAAGGCAUACAUAAAUAAGUUUCCGGAUUGAGCCCACACCACCCACGUCGCCAUUUCCUUGGGCGGACAUCCCCGCCGCCAGUUGGUGCAAUAAAACAGAAAUGGAACCGGGCAGCGGCACUACGAAUGAGCCAAUCUGAACUUAUAUUUGGCAGAUUUUCAUCGCGCAUAUGAAAGACAGAUGUGCGUUCAUACGGAUUAUAGGCGUAUGACCAAAGACAUUGGAAUAACAAGAUCCAUGUAGGAAUUAUCACACAGUUAUUCCAAUGUCUUUGGUAUGACCAUCUGUAGCAUACCCAUUUAAAGUGCUAAAAAAAACAAACCAUAUUCUAUAAGUGAGCGCAAAAGAUUUCUCAAGUGUACUAUACUUGCAUUUAGAGAAAUCAAUAAUUGAACUACUAUAUCAAAAUAGUUUUUAAAGAUUUAAGAGUUCUUGGAAAAAAACCCACACGUUUAUCUGAUAUUAAAUGGGUUAUGCAAUUUUUAUGGUACAUCUGAUGGCAUUACGUAAAGCCUAAGUUCCAAAAAGCCUUUUACUUCAGCAUAUUUGGACAUAAAGCAUUUUGUGACAUGACGGUUAACGCAGUUUCUUUUCAGCUUGUUUAUUCCUUCGCCAAAAAGAUAUUUCAUUUUUAUUCGGCCCAGCACGUGGUUCACAUUCGCAUUCAAUAUUCAAGAGUCUCAACAAAUUACUUGAACCCUUUUCAUGGCCCCUUGGUUGGCCCAAAAGGCUUUAAGUCAUUUGUCAAAAAGCGCAAAAGCGGCCUUCAAGAAAACAGAGGCAACCCGGUGUCACUUUCACACUUUCUUACUUAUGCAAAUGUCCUCAUCUCAUUUGCGCAGCAGAGACAACACAAACGGAUAAAGAAAGGAUAAAACAUAUACAAUAUCAGAGGUCCUGCCCUGCGGCUGGGACUGACUACCACUACCAACACAUCGCCUGUCAUCUUUUCGCACAUUAGGCCUACUUUAUUUCUUGGCCCUGCGUCUGAUUAAAUUACACACAUUUUUGGACAAGGAGACAACCGAUGACAGACCAUUGAAGCGCAAACUUACAUCAAUCCUUGGGGACGAAGCUCCUCCACUGCUGCUAGUUUAUGACCGAAGCUCGGUAAAAAAAGAAAUAGGAGAGGACAGGAUAUCUGCAAGGACAUGGCUACCACGAUUACUAAAGAUUACUCAUCUGAACAUCUGGAACAAUUUCGUAAUUUGAAGAGUCUUAGUCUCUUUAUGCCAAUGAGAGCUAAUGAACUGAUAGAAUGCGUGAAAUCGAAUCCGAAACUUACCAACUUGGAGUUUACAAGCCCAUAUAUAUACGGUAGACUGGCUGAUAUAGCACCAUACUGCGAAAACCUAGAAGCGCUGACGUUUCAUAUGAAACCGGAAACGGAUGCCAGCGAAUACACUCCACUGGCCAAACUGCCGAAAUUAAAGAUUUUGGACAUUUUUGGGUAUCCACGAGAGGGUUCACUAAAUGCGCUAUUUAGAUCAAUGGCACUGAAUGAAACUGUUUUGCAACAAUUUUCAAUACGGCAGGCAAUGCUCGGAACGGCGGAUGUCGAGGAGUUAUCCAAAGUGCAUGCAUACAGAUUAAAUUGCGAAUUGAUGCCAAGUCGAUUAAGAGAUACUCCUGCUGUACUUCAGUUGCCAAACAUCAGCGCGAUAAACUUCGGAAUGGAGCCUCUGAAACACAAUAAUCUUUACUACAACAGCGUAGAUAUUAUAUCUAAUAUGGGUCAUAUUGCGCUUAUAAUCCGUAGAAAGUCUGACAAAGAUGUGUUAUUAAGGUUACAUGACUGGCAUAAAAUGUUACAAGCCGGAACCAACCCACUUUGGUUCGAAAAACAAAAUCUUCGGCAGCAGAUUCAAAUGCGAAAUAAUUCUGAAUGUGGCAAAAAAGUAGCAUCUUUGCUAUUGCUGGAAGCCCUGCAAUCGCAGCUCCCAACUAUUACACAAAAUAUACAUCGUUUAACUGAAAUCGGAGGACUAGAGGAAUUGGAGGUGAAAAUCAAGCUUAAUAUAGAUGAAGAACUACGGACAUUUGUUGACUCUAGCGAUUUGGUUACUUUUGAAGAUCUAGAAGGGGAUAUUGCGAUUGAUUCCGAUGUUCAAAGUAUUAUUAUUCUUGUCCAGCUGACAUAUCUCAAGGACAUCUUGGGAAUUUCUAAGAAUACGAAUAUAAAGAACAGCCUUGCUAUACAAAAUUACAAGUUUGAAGUCGAUUUUGAUAUUCGGCUUUAG